AUGUCGGCGAUGCGCUUCACCAUGCCAGGCACCCAAGCUUCCUCCAACCCCACCACCCGCCUCACCGUCCGCUUCGGCUCCGCCACGAUCGACACCACGGUCACCCGCGACGCCGCUGCCGCCGAUGAGUGGGUCCGCGCCGUACGCGCCGCCCACCCGCGCGGCGGCGGCCCUCUCAUCGUCGGCCUGGACUGCGAGUGGAAGCCCAACUACCGCAGCUGGACGACCUCCAGGGUGGCCGUCCUCCAGCUCUGCGCCGGCGCCCGCUGCCUCGUCCUCCAGCUCUUCUACGUCGACCGCGUCCCGGCGUCCGUCCGGAGCCUCCUCGCCGACCGCGACGUGCGGCUCGUCGGCAUCGGCGUCGGCGAGGACGCCGCGAGGCUAGCCGCCGACUACGGCCUCGCUUGCGCCGCGCCGGUCGACCUGGAGGCCCGCUGCAACGACCACCUGGGACGCUGCGCUGGCGGGAGGAGACUGGGGCUCAAGGGCUUUGCCAGGGAGGUGCUGGGGCUGGUCAUGGAGAAGCCCCGCGGUGUGACCAUGAGCAACUGGGAGAAGCAUGACCUCGACGAGGCCCAGAUCCGGUACGCGUGCAUCGACGCGUACGUGUCUUACAAGCUGGGCGAGAGGGUCCUCAUCACCAGCUGA